AGGAGCAGGCAAAAAGUCACUUCCGGGAAGCUGAAAACACGCUUUCUGCGCUGCAACAUGGAGGCUACCAGCGGAAUCGAUGAACCGGUUUCCGGGGAGCUGGUGUCCGUGGCACAUGCUCUUUCUCUCCCUGCAGAAUCUUAUGGCAAUGAUCCUGAUAUUGAGAUGGCUUGGGCCAUGAGAGCAAUGCAGCAUGCUGAAGUCUAUUACAAGCUUAUUUCAUCAGUUGAUCCACAGUUCCUGAAACUCACCAAAGUGGAUGACCAAAUAUACUCUGAGUUCCGGGAAAAUUUUGAGAAACUCAGGAUAGAUGUGUUGGACCCAGAAGAACUCAAGUCAGAAUCAGCUAAGGAGAAAUGGAGGCCAUUUUGCUUGAAGUUUGAUGGAAUCGUAGAAGACUUCAACUAUGGUACUUUGCUGAGACUGGAUUGUUCUCAGGGCUACACUGAGGAGAACACCAUCUUUGCCCCCAGGAUCCAGUUUUUUGCAAUUGAAAUUGCUCGGAACCGGGAAGGCUAUAACAAAGCUGUUUACAUCAGUGUUCAGGACAAAGAAGGAGAGAAAGAAAUCAAUGGAGAAGAGAAUAAAGAGAAAGGAAUUGACAUUGGAGGAGAAGAGAAAGUCAAGAAAGGAGCUGAGAGUGGAGGAGAAAAGGAGGAAGGAGUCAACAGAGGAGAAAAAGGGAAAACUGACAAAGGAGGAGAAAAAGAGAAAAAAGCUGAAGAAGCUGACAGAGAGAUGAACAAAAGUGGUGAAGCAUCUGUGUAAGGUAGACAGGGAACAGCACUCUAGAGGCUGCCACUCAGCUGAGCCUAUAAGUAUCACAGUGCUACUUGCAUAGACCCCUUUGGUUAAAUAUAUGUUCUUGUGAAAUUGAAGGAUUCUCAGAAGGACAUCUUUCUAGCCCAGUAGUCAAGAGCUGCUUUUGUUGUUGCCUUGUAUAAAUUGACUUAAAGACUAUUGGUGAGGUUUUUGUGUAUUGUUGAUAUAUUGUUUCUUGGCUCUCACUCCUGGUCAAGUAAGAAAUUUUGUAAAUAAAUUGCUUUUGGUUUUAAGAUUGUAUGUGAUUUUUAAAAGUGUUUAAAAAUAAUUAUGUACUUCAAAUUUUUUUAGGUAUUUAAUCUCAUAAUCAUGUAUUAUAUAAAACAAUUUAUGCCCAUUUCUUAAUUAUGCUCAUUGUUUCCUGUAAUAAAGUUCUCUCAACCUGUCAAGUUGUACUAGGUAUUGAGAUUAGAAAUCCUUAUAUAACAAUUAACACUUGCCCUUGGGUUGACUAUAGCUCUCUAAUUUCCUUUAUUAAAUCUGAAAAAUAUUGGUAAGUGCUUUAUGGGGAGAACAUCAGCAGCUAAAUCCUUUUAGACUAGUGAACGGGCCCCCUGUUUGUAGUAGAGGAGCAAAAGCCUUGAUCUGCUUCUGUACUUGGUUCUUUUAACAGUCAGAUUGUUACCUGAAAGUUAGCAAAUAGUAAUAGUGUAAAGUCUGAAGGAGUGGUUUCCCUUUUAUAAUGCUGUGGAUAGUAGCACAUACAUUAACACAGACAUAUUUUUGAAUUUUUAU